AUGGCUCCCACCAUUGUUAGCUUGAAGCUUCUGGUAGAUUCAACAAGCCAAAGAGUCCUGUUUGCAGAAGCUGGGAAAGAUUUUGUUGGUUUUCUGUUCAACAUUCUGUCAUUGCCUGUUGGCACUGUAUUAGGGCUUCUUACCAAAGAAGACAUGGUUGGGUGCCUUGGAAGCCUUUACGAGAGCCUUGAAAAUCUUCGUGAUACUUACAUGCUGCCAAUGGAGAAUGAAGACACCCUUUUGAAGUCUACGGUUUCCAACCAUGAUGCAAAUGGGCCUUCCUUGUUGCCAGUCAUUCAAUCAUCAACAUCCACCAACCUGCAGCCAAUGGAGAAUAAAGACACCCUUUUGAAGUCUACGGUUUCCAACCAUGAUGCAAAUGUGCCUCCCCUGUUGCCAAUCAUUCAAUCAUCAACAUCCACCAACCUUUAUAUGUGUGUCAAUAGUUGCAAUCGUGGCAGCUGUGGUAUCUAUGUGGCAAACGAUUCGAAAUCCAUUUGUCCUUCCUGCAACAAUAUUAUGAGCCAAAUCGCAACCGUUGUUAAUCCACCAACAAAGAAGGCUUCAUCCUCGCAUGAGGGAGCUUAUGUCAAAGGGGUUAUUACUUACAUGAUCAAGGAUGAUCUGGCCGUAAGGCUUAUGUCAACUAUUUCUUGUCUCACUUUACUCAACAAGUUCAAUAUCAAGGAUGUAGGGAUUCUUAAAGAGAAAGCAUCUUUGCAGUCCAAGACUGUGCUCAUCGACGUGUUCCUCGGGAAGAAGGCGGGCCAAAGUGAUGUUAGCACUAGCAAUUCUAGUGCAGUGCUUUCAAUCGCGAUUUAG